AUGUCCCAAGGAGGAUCUGCAGGUAAAUCUUUGGUGAAAGGCGAAUAUCAUCGCCCACAGCCACUGGUACUAGAAGCCCUUGCCAUUUAUGCACAAUGCAAAAACAUGCAGAGUCUCGAUCCGUCCCGAGAAGCUGGUACCAUCUUGGCAAUGACUGUUCAGAUAGCUUAUGAAAUGGGCUACCACUGGGAUCCGGAAUCCUUGGGUUUAUUCACAGUCUUUGAGGGUGAAAUGCGCCGAAGAUUCUGGGCACUUCUAAAGCAAGUUGAUUUGAUGGUCUCGUUUCAGCUGGGACUACCGAGCAAUAUUUAUCUCAAGAAUUGCAACACGAAGUCGCCACGGAACUUGUCUGAUGCUGAUUUCAAUGUGGAUACCGAGACACUUCCACCAUCACGGUCGGAAAAUGAGUACACUGGAUUACUGUGGCUUAUCUUCAAAGAUCGACAGAUGGGCAGCUUCAGUGCUGCAUGUCGCGAGGCCUUGAGCUUUGAUGAGAAAUCAGAGACACAAAUACUUGAACUAGACAAUGAGAUUCGACGCGUGCAUUCGAAAAUACCGAGUGUCUUGCGAGCACGACCUAUGGCCGACUCUAUCACAGAUCCACCAUUUCUGAUUAUGGUUUGA